AUGGGGCUUACUACCAGUGGUAAGCUCCGUGUACGACCCUCUAGGAUUCAUCUGCCCUUUCACCAUCAAAGCCAAGCUCAUUUUCCAACACGAAAGCAGCGGAAGAAGGACUGGGACGAAGACAUAACCAAGCAAAACCUUCACAUGUGGUUGCGCUGGCUUGAAGAUUUGAAAUCACUGCGAAACUUCAAAGUUCCUCGCUGCUACAGACACGGGGGCCUGGGUUGUGCCAUCUCAUUGCAACUCCAUUACUUCUGUGACGCCUCACAAGUGGCCUAUGCAGUUGCGACGUACCUACGGACAGGAGAUAAUGAAGGUAAUGCCGGAUUUUCUUUCUUUUGUGGCAAGGCUCGUCUGGCCCCUCUCAAACAGCUAACGGUCCCAAGGCUGGAGCUCUGUGCAGCAGUCCUGGCGACAAGAGCAGACCAGACAGUCAAGCGUAAAAUUGGAGUCCCACUUGAAGAAUCCGUGUUCUGGACGGACAGUAUGAUUGUGGUCAAGUACAUCGCCAACCUAGAGAAACGUUUCCAUACCUUCAUUGCCAACAGGAUCUCAGCUAUACAUGAAGUCACGGAGAAGGCCCAAUGGAGACAUGUACGAUCAAGAUGGAAUCCAGCAGAUGAUGCUACAAGAGGCAUACAUGUUGAAGACAUGUUAAAGGAAUGCAGAUGGAUUGGUGGUCCCUCUUUUUUGUCUCGACCUGAGGAGUACUGGCCGAGAGAACCGGAAAUCAGACACGAACUUGAGAAUGAUCCCUAG